GCGAUCCCAAAGCGGUCCACCCACGACUAUAUUGUGUCCCUUCGGAGUGCCUGUCCCAGGAGGCCAGUCGCUCGUAGAAGCCAGAACAACCCAGAACACCGAACCCAGAACGCCCCAACACCCGGUAGUUAUGUGUGGUCCCAGUUAUUGCACACUGCUGCUAAUCGCGGCUUCCUGCUACGUCCUCGUUUGCAGCCAGGCCAAGUCCUUGCAGGGCACGAGCAAACUGGAUUUGGGAAAUCACAUCAGCGGAGCCUCUGCCAGAGGAUCAUCAUCAUCACCAUCGCCCACGCUGAGUGAAGGGCGCCAGAAACGCGCCAUGGGCGACUACAAAGAGCUGACUGACAUCAUUGACGAGCUGGAGGAGAAUAGCCUGGCCCAGAAGGCGAGUGCCACGAUGCCGGUGGCCGCCGUGCCGCCGCAGGGCCAGGAAUUCGAUUUGGACAGCAUGCCGCCACUGACCUACUACCUGCUCCUCCAGAAGCUGCGACAGCUGCAGAGCAAUGGCGAGCCCGCUUAUCGCGUGCGGACGCCACGCCUUGGCCGCAGCAUUGACUCCUGGCGGAUCCUGGACGGCGAGGGAGCGCCGGAGGAGUCCAUUGGGGGGCAGUUCGUGCAGCGCAUGGCCAAGAAAUCGGUGCCGUUCAAGCCGCGCCUGGGCAAACGUGCUCAAGUGUGCGGCGGCGAUUGAGUCACGACAAGGUCGCGAAGACAUGCCACGGAACCGGACGGAGGACGAUGCGAUCCCAGGACAAGGUUGAGGCCAGGCGACUGGCCCUCGAGCUAACUAACUAACCCCCAAAUGGCCAGCUGAAUUCGACGCGACGCAAAAAUAACUACUAGCUACCAGCGCUGUUACCCUGUUUUGAGAGGAACUAAUGAUGUGUAUAUAUAGUACAUGUAUUUAUUAUUUAUUUGAAUAAAUUGCAGCCCCCAAA